GUUCGCAUAAAAGCUUUGCUAUCGUUGAAGGGCUUUUCACAAUUUUCCAUCGAAGGCAAAUCAAUGUCGAUACACUGACCAAUCAGUUUUUUAUUUCACUGUCUAUAAAACUAUUAUUUAUAGGUGCUAGCUGUUGCCAUCGCCGGAUAACCUUGAGUGCUUUUGAACACCCAGAUAUUAAUUAAUUGGACUGGAAAUUUUAAUAAAACCGCAAGACAUCCGCUGUGUUAUAGAGAAGCUUUAGCUUUGUUAUCAGCUAUCACCCAGCCGGUUGGUUUGGUCAUCAUCAUCAGUGAUAAGACCUCGACAAAAUAAUAGUAUCGUCCAUCUUUUUCGGCUGACACGUUACACGUAACAUGGAUGACAUAGUUCCGGAUGUGGUGGAUGCGGUUCCCGCUGGCACCGUGCAGGUCACCUACGGCGAUGACCUUCAGGUGAGACAGGGCAACGAGCUGACCCCCACCCAGGUGAAGGAUGUACCGAAUGUCAGCUGGUCUGGGCUCGAGGGCAGGUCCAAUUUGAUCACCCUGCUUAUGGUGGAUCCCGAUGCGCCGACUCGCCAGGAUCCCAAGUUCCGUGAGAUCCUGCACUGGGCUGUGGUCAACAUUCCGGGCAGCAACAUCGAUCCAUCCGGUGGUCAUCCCCUGGCUGCCUAUGUGGGUUCCGGUCCGCCGCAGGGCACUGGCCUGCAUCGCUACAUUUUCCUGCUCUACCGCCAGGAGAACAAGAUCGAGGAAACGCCCACCAUUUCCAAUACCACUCGUGCUGGUCGCUUGAACUUCAAUGCUCGGGAUUUCGCCGCCAAACAUGGAUUGGGUGCACCCAUUGCCGCCAAUUAUUACCAGGCCCAGUUCGAUGACUAUGUUCUCGAGCGGAACAAAACAUUCACCGGCUAGAUUUGUGCCAACAUCAUGCCGGUCUUUCGCUUUGCGAGUCAAUAAAGUCUAACCAAUCGCUUA